CUGAUAUAUAUUCAAAACUCAAAACCUUACACACACAAAAACACCUCAAAGUGUGUCUAUACAUAUAUACAUAUACAUAUAUAUAUUCACUCGGUAACAGAGAAAAAAAGAGAGGGAACCAAAACCCAUAUCAAUUUCAAAGUCUCCAUCUUUUUCUCUCUCUCUCUGCAUUCCCUUUACCUAUUGUGCUUCAAUUUAAAGCUUUCUUUUUUUACUCUAGUUUUUCUUUGGAUUAUUUUAGGGUUUUAUAAAAAGUGGUUUUAGGGUUUUAGUUUUUAACCAAUAAUUUGAUGGCUGCUGAAAAGCUUAGAGAUUUAAGUCAGCCAAUUGAUGUUGGCGUUCUUGAUGCUACUGUUGCUGCCUUUUAUGGCACUGGAUCUAAAGAUGAGAGGACUGCAGCUGAUCAAAUUUUGCGGGAGUUGCAAAAUAAUCCAGACAUGUGGCUUCAAGUGGUUCACAUUCUUUCAAAUACGCAGAACUUGAAUACCAAGUUCUUUGCUUUACAGGUUCUUGAAGGCGUUAUCAAGUACAGGUGGAAUGUAUUGCCUGUAGAACAAAGGGAUGGAAUGAAAAACUACAUAUCGGAUGUUAUUGUAAAGCUUUCCAGUAACGAGGGAUCUUUUCGCCUAGAAAGGUUGUAUGUCAAUAAACUUAACAUUAUACUAGUCCAGAUUUUGAAGCACGAGUGGCCAGCCAAGUGGCGCAGCUUCAUACCUGAUCUGGUUACAGCAGCAAAAACUAGUGAAACAAUAUGCGAGAAUUGCAUGGCUAUAUUAAAACUUCUAAGUGAGGAGGUGUUUGAUUUCUCAAGGGGUGAAAUGACCCAACAGAAGAUUAAAGACCUGAAACAAUCUUUGAACAGUGAGUUUCAACUCAUACAUGAGCUAUGCUUAUAUGUGCUAUCAGCAUCUCAAAGACCCGAGCUUAUUAGAGCUACAUUAGCCACGUUGCAUGCUUUCCUUUCUUGGAUUCCUUUGGGCUAUAUUUUUGAGUCUCCACUGCUGGAGACACUUCUUAAGUUUUUUCCCAUGCCAUCAUAUCGUAAUCUAACUCUUCAGUGCUUGACAGAGGUUGCUGCCCUAAACUUCGGAGAUUUUUUCAAUGCUCAAUACGUUAAUAUGUAUAACAUAUUUAUGGUCCAGUUGCAGAUUGUUCUACCUACAAAUGCGAAUAUACCCUAUGCUUAUGCAAAUGGUUCUUCCGAGGAACAGGCAUUUAUUCAGAAUUUGGCAUUGUUUUUUACUUUAUUUUACAAGUUUCAUAUUCGUGUACUGGAAUCUGCACAAGAAAGCAUCAAUACACUUCAGAUUGGCCUUGAGUAUCUCACACGCAUUUCUUAUGUUGAUGAUACUGAGGUUUUCAAGGUUUGCUUGGACUACUGGAAUUCUCUGGUGUCGGAACUUUUUGAGGCAAACCACAAUUUUGAAAACCCUGCAUCAACUGCAAACAUGAUGGGGUUGCAGAUGGGUAUGGUUGAUGGUCUUGGUACACAGUUGAUGCGAAGGAGGCAACUAUAUGCUGCACCGAUGUCAAAGCUAAGAUUACUAAUGAUAUCACGCAUGGCAAAGCCUGAAGAAGUAUUAAUUGUGGAAGAUGAAAAUGGGAAUAUUGUUCGUGAAACUUUGAAGGAUAAUGAUGUUCUUGUCCAGUAUAAGAUUAUGCGGGAAACGCUUAUUUACUUGGCACAUCUUGAUCAUGAUGAUACUGAAAAGCAGAUGUUGAAGAAAUUGAGUAAACAACUGAAUGGCGAGGACUGGACUUGGAAUAACUUGAAUACACUGUGUUGGGCUAUAGGAUCGGUUUCUGGAUCCAUGAUGGAAGAGCAGGAGAACAGGUUUCUCGUUAUGGUUAUACGUGACCUACUGAAUCUCUGUGAAAUAACUAAAGGAAAGGACAACAAAGCUGUUAUUGCAAGUAAUAUCAUGUAUGUUGUUGGACAAUAUCCAAGAUUUUUACGGGCCCAUUGGAAGUUUUUGAAAACCGUUAUAAACAAGUUGUUUGAGUUCAUGCAUGAAAUUCAUCCAGGAGUUCAGGAUAUGGCUUGCGACACCUUUUUGAAGAUAGUACAGAAAUGCAAGCGCAAGUUUGUCCUAGUGCAGGUUGGAGAGAAUGAGCCAUUUGUCUCUGAACUUCUCACAACGCUUCCAACCACCAUUGCAGACCUUGAACCCCACCAGAUACAUACAUUUUAUGAAUCAGUUGGUCAGAUGAUUCAAGCAGAAACCGAGGCAACAAAACGGGAUGAGUAUCUGCAGAGGUUGAUGAAUCUUCCCAAUCAGAAAUGGGCCGAGAUUAUAGGACAUGCACGUGGUAAUGUUGAUUUCUUGAAGGAUCAAGAUGUUAUUAGGACGGUGCUUAACAUAUUGCAGACAAAUACAAGUGUUGCCAGCUCGCUUGGAACAUAUUUCUUGCCACAAAUAACUCUAAUCUUUUUGGACAUGCUUAACGUUUAUAAAAUGUACAGUGAACUUAUAUCAUCUAGCAUUGCUGAAGGGGGGCCCUAUGCUUCCAGGACUUCCUAUGUGAAGCUUCUGAGGUCAGUAAAGAGGGAAACCCUCAAGCUCAUUGAGACUUUUCUGGAUAAGGCUGAAGAUCAACCACAGAUUGGAAAACAGUUUGUGCCCCCUAUGAUGGAUCCCGUAUUGGGUGACUAUGCUCGGAAUUUGCCCGACGCUCGAGAAUCUGAAGUUUUGUCUCUCUUUGCCACAAUAAUAAACAAGUACAAGAUUGCAAUGAUAGAUGAUGUUCCUCGUAUAUUUGAAGCUGUUUUCCAAUGCACUCUGGAGAUGAUAACCAAGAACUUUGAAGAUUACCCUGAGCACAGACUCAAGUUCUUCUCAUUACUGCGGGCCAUAGCUACAUAUUGUUUUCGAGCUUUAAUCAUGCUUUCACCCGAGCAAUUGAAACUUGUAAUGGAUUCUGUCAUGUGGGCAUUUCGACAUACGGAGAGGAACAUUGCGGAAACUGGGCUUAAUCUCUUAUUGGAGAUGCUUAAAAACUUCCAGAAUUCCGAGUUCUGUAAUCAGUUCUACCGAUCUUAUUAUGUGCUUAUCGUGCAAGAAAUAUUUGCUGUCUUGACGGACACAUUCCAUAAACCGGGAUUUAAAUUGCACGUCUUAGUGCUUCAACAUUUAUUCUGCCUGGUGGAAUCUGGUUCUCUGACUGAGCCUUUAUGGGAUGCAUCCACUGUGCCGUAUCCAUAUCCUAACAAUGGGAUGUUUGUUAGAGAGUAUACUAUUAAGCUUCUUGGUGCCUCCUUCCCCAACAUUUCAGCAUCUGAGGUCUCAAAGUUUGUAAAUGGACUCUUCGACUCGAGAGCUGAUCUUGGAACAUUCAAAAACCACAUACGGGACUUUCUUGUUCAGUCAAAAGAAUUUUCAGCACAGGACAACAAGGAUCUGUAUGCAGAAGAAGCAGCUGCUCAGAAAGAGAGAGAAAGACAACGAAUGCUUAGUAUUCCCGGACUUAUUGCACCCAACGAGAUUCAAGACGAGAUGGUUGACUCAUAGAAGUUUAAUAUAUGGAGUUAGUCAUUAUCAUUUUUUAAUUAUCUUUUUGUUACUUGUAUUCGGGCAGGGCCUGAUACCCUACAUUUGUGGAGAUCAAUAGUUUCCAUCCUCCCAUCACAAAUUUUUACUUGGGCUUCUGUGGUGUGAACUUUAGCUCACAUGUUUUCUCUAAUUUUUUGUGGAGGGUACAGUACGGGGUUUGGCAUUUAAUGGGCUCGGUGGUGUAGAGCGGUAAUAGUAGUAGCCCUAGGUGGUCAUUAUGUAGGAAGAUAUAGGGGAUUGGUUGGUCAUAGACACAUUGUAGUUGAUGAAAACAUGGUUGUGGGUUGUGUUUCAAAAUACUUGUAAUGUAUGAUAAUCAUUAUUAAACGCAUUGGCGAAUCAUUAGUAUCAGUUGGGAAGCCCUUUUCAUGUUAA